UUGACUCUUAACCUCUGCAUAUUGUAGUUUAGUUUCAUUCUAUGCAAUGUUUUUCUACCACUCAUAAUGUAGCUAAUUGAUGGUUGCAAAUUCAAGCAUGAAGACUUUUCACCAUUACAUUCAUAUUUCUUGUAAUCCUUGAGCUAGAAAUACCAGUAAGGUAUAAUACAAGAAAGUGGUUUAAUAAAUCUCUAAUUAGUAAUGCAAAGUGCUAGAAAUUGUAGCCUAGAAGUUAAACAAAACAAAACAUGGGCUGAAAUUUACCAUUUCCUUCAUUCUCUAACUGUCAAUAAUAUUUUACAUGUGAUUGAAUUGUUGACGACCCCAAAUUUUUAGGACUAAAGCUUGGUUGUUGUUGUUAUUGUGUGUUGGUAAUAUUUUAGAAUUUAAGUUGAAUCAUCGUUUUCAUAACGUUAGCAAAGAUGGCAGAUCUGUGACAUUCAACCACAAUUUGGGGUCUGAAAUGUUGAAAUAACUUAGUGUUCUGGAUUUUAUCAGGUUACUGUCACGAUUUCUUUUUCCUGUAUCUUGAAUAGUCAAAACCUGAUGGAUGAACAAGAAGCUGAAAACAGCAUCUUUUUGGGAUUAAAUUUCCUGGAAUAGAGCCUUUUGGUAGGUCAGACAGUUGGAUAGGCUUCAAUUUUCAUCAGCAUAAACCAUAGCCCUCCAAAUUUAUUGCUACAGCAUAUAAUAGUAAGUACCGAGUAUGACAGAUCAACUGAACUUGAUCUUGAAAACCUUUUACUCAUAAGACAGUGGCACGAGGCUGGACUGAUUAAUGUCUAUAUUCCAUUCUGCACCGAACUGGAAUUAGUGUUUGCCGGGCAAUAAUUUUGUGCAAUUUUACUAUUGAUGAGUCCAAACACAAGUACGGACAGGUCCUACAGUAUGGUUGGGUCAUUGAGUAUGACAUGCCUUCUAGCUUUACAUGGAACAUAGCAAGCAUGGGCUGCUAUCUAAUUAAUCCAGAGGGACCCAUAUGGCUCCCAUCAUAUCUCUACAAGUCAGUAAAUUGGCCAAAUUGUUUUUAAUGCCAAACCAUAACCACACCACAAAUUUCAAGUCAACUUUUUACCAUUGCAAAUCGCCAUAUCUAACCAUAUUGUCUAGAGCACUGCUGCUCCAGUGACUCCAGUCUCACUCAUUUUGUAAUAAUUGAGUCAUAAUUUUUCCCUAUCUGGGCCAUCCAAAUCAAUCAUAUAAUGAAGAUGGAUCACACAGUCCUUAAGUUAAGGCCAAUAUCUGAUGUUUCUAGCGAUCUUACUGUCGAAGUGGGAGCCUCAAGCUUCGCACUUCAUAAGUUCCCCCUAGUUUCUCGGAGUGGAAGAAUACGAAAAUUGUUGUUGGAAGCAAAAGAAUCAAAAGUUACACGCAUAAAUGUCCUUGCUGUUCCUGGUGGACCAGAGGCAUUUGAGCUAGCUGCAAAGUUUUGUUAUGGAGUAAAUGUUGAGAUUACACUCUCAAAUGUGGCUAUGCUACGUUGUACAGCUCAUUUCCUGGAAAUGACUGAGGAGUUUUCAGACAAAAACCUGGAAAGUCGAACUGAGGCAUAUCUAAAGGAGAUGGUGCUCCCAAAUAUAUCAAGCUCAAUAACUGUUCUUCACCGAUGUGAAAGCCUAUUGCCUAUAGCAGAAGAGGUCAACCUAGUUAGCAGGCUUAUCAAUGCAAUUGCAAGUAAUGCAUGCAAAGAGCAGCUUACCUCUGGAUUAUUAAAGCUUGACCAUAACUUCCCUGCAAAAACUAUACCAAACAUGGAACCAGAAACACCGGCAGACUGGUGGGGAAAAUCACUCACAAUGCUUAAUCUUGAUUUCUUCCAACGGGUUCUGACUGCAGUAAAAUCCAAGGGUCUAAAACAGGAUAUGAUUUGCAAAAUUUUGAUAAACUAUGCCCAUAAUUCUCUUCAAGGACUUGUUGCCAAGGACCCCCACCUGGUCAAAGGAAGUCUCUUGGAUUUGGAAUUGCAGAAGAAGCAAAGAGUCAUUGCUGAAGCAAUAAUUAGCUUACUACCAACACAAUCAAGGAAGAGUCAAGUUCCAAUGGCAUUUCUUUCAAGUUUGUUGAAAACAGCAAUAGCAGCAUCAGCAUCUACUUCCUGCAGAUCGGAUUUGGAGAGGCGAAUUGGUCUGCAACUGGACCAGGCAAUUCUUGAAGACAUCCUAAUUCCUGCAAAUUCACAUGGAAAUAACCACAGCACACUUUAUGAUGCAGAUUCAAUUGUGAGGAUAUUCUCUAUUUUUCUGAACUUGGAUGAGGAUGACGAUGAAGAUAAUAAUCACUUGAGGGAUGAAAGUGAAAUGGUAUAUGAUUUUGACAGCCCUGGAUCUCCUAAACAGAGUUCAAUUCUCAAGGUAUCAAAGUUACUGGACAAUUAUCUUGCUGAAGUUGCACUAGACUCAAACUUGACACCGACAAAGUUCAUAGCACUAGCAGAACUGCUUCCAGAUCAUGCACGUGUAGUUAGUGAUGGAUUGUACAGAGCUGUGGAUAUCUUCCUAAAAGUUCAUCCAAAUAUGAAGGACCCUGAACGCUACAGACUUUGUAAAACAAUUGACUGCCAGAAACUAUCCCAAGAAGCUUGCAGUCAUGCAGCACAAAAUGAAAGGUUACCAGUGCAAAUGGCGGUCCAAGUCCUUUACUUUGAGCAAAUCAGGCUUCGGAAUGCUAUGAAUGGGGGUCAUAACCAAUUCUUCUUUGGUACAAUCAAUGGUCAAUUCCCACAACGUUCAGGCAGUGGUGCUGGAAGUGGAGCCAUCUCACCAAGAGACAAUUAUGCAUCAGUGAGAAGAGAGAACCGAGAGUUGAAGCUUGAAGUUGCAAGAAUGAGAAUGAGGCUAACGGACUUAGAGAAGGAUCAUGUGUCUAUGAAACAGGAGCUUGUAAAAACCCAUCCUGCCAACAAGCUAUUUAAAUCAUUCACCAAAAAAUUAAGCAAGCUCAAUUCCUUGUUUCGGAUUAAUAGCAUUAAGCCUAUAGGAGGUAAGGCUAACUCAGAGAGUCGAUUUCCAUUUCAGAAGAGAAGGCGUCACUCAGUUUCCUGACUAUGUAUAGUGUAAAAUAAGCAGGAGUGUAUAGUAUAUCUAGUGUGGUUGUGUCUACUGUCAGAUUGAUAGUUUUUGAGUGUUGAUUCUGAGUUGCUGAGUUCAGUGAGAUCACUCCAUUGACUUCUCCAUGGAGCUUUGAAGGCAGGCACUCAAUCAAUAUUGUAUUCAAAAGGUAUGUCCGAGCGUGUGAGAAUUUUUAGAAUAUUGAAAUAGAAUCUUGAAGAAAAUCUUUUGUAACAUCAAAUUUUUUCAAGGUAUUAGUUUCACUAGCAACUCUUCGUAU